AUGCCGCCCAAGAAAAAAGCUGACGGCCCUGAGCCGGCGACUCAGCAAGCGUCCAGAAAACCUAUUGCGCCGAAGGUGAAAACCCUUCCGCGCAAGUCCAUCGCAAAUGAAACCUGUACCGACGCAAAUGCAGCCCACGAGACACACGGUAGUAAAGAGGAUUCGAAGCACGAAAAACACCGUCGAAAAUCCUCUCAUCAUGCAGACAGCUUCGACGCUGCCCUCCAACCCUUCUACUACGGAAAGUCCCUCACCGAUCCGAUUGAUACGGCUCGUGACAAGUGGAAUCUGGUACCGGCGUUCUUGAAAGUCAAAGGACUGGUAAAACAGCAUAUCGAGUCAUUCAAUCACUUUGUUGAAGUGGAAUUGAAAAAGAUUAUUGAAGCCGAGCCAAUAAUUACAAGUGAUAUCGACCCUGAUUUCUAUCUGAAGUACGAGGACAUCUGGGUCGGGCGGCCUUCAAGAUUCGAUGAACACUAUGUCAACGAUUCGAAGAACGAAUCUACUGUAACCCCCAACGAGUGUCGGCUGCGCGAUAUGACCUAUUCUGCCCCCAUCUUUGUCAACGUCAGAUACACCAAAUCGAAGAUGGCCUACCGGCGGAGAGGAAUGCUCAUUGGACGCAUGCCAAUCAUGUUGCGGAGUUCCAAGUGUGUCCUAGCCGGCAAAUCCGAGGCUGAGAUGUGUGCAAUGGAUGAAUGUCCUUUGGAUCCUGGUGGCUAUUUCAUUGUCAAUGGCACGGAGAAGGUGAUCUUGGUUCAAGAGCAACUCAGCAAAAAUCGUAUCAUUGUUGAGGCCGAUGCAAAGAAGGAGCUCAUCACUGCUUCCGUGACGAGUUCGACACACGCCAGGAAGUCCAAGAGUUAUAUCGUCCUUAAGAAGGAUCUGCUGUACAUGCGACACAAUGUUUUGAACGAAGAUGUCCCCAUCUGCAUAUUGCUGAAAGCAAUGGGUGUGACGUCUGACUUCGAUAUGAGUGCCAUCGUGGCGGGUACCGACCCUGUGUUGCAGGAAGAUUUUGCUAUUAAUUUUGAAGAAGCAAUUAAGAAUCGCGUUUAUACGCAGCAACAGGCGCUGGAUUAUCUCGGAGCUAGGAUCAAAAUCACUCGCAAACCUACACCAUUCGGCCAAUCUCGUCGAAACUAUGUCCAGGAAGCAAUAGAGGCUGUCAGCAAUGUCUUCAUAGCUCACGUCCCCAUCGAGAACCUAAACUUCAGACCGAAGGCAAUCUAUGUCGGCCACAUGGCCAGGCGGGUGCUGAUGGCGAAACAGAAUCCUGCACUUGUAGACGACAGAGACUAUGUGGGAAACAAACGUUUGGAAUUGGCCGGCCAACUGCUGUCACUACUCUUCGAAGACCUGUUCAAAAAUUUCAACUACAAUAUCAAAAUGGCCAUUGACAAAUCUCUGCGGAAGCCCAACAAGACUCAAGUGACUGAUCCCUGCGACACGAUGAUGGGGCAGGCUGGCCACAUUACACAGGGAAUGAAUCGAGCCAUUGCUACCGGGAAUUGGAACCUUAAACGAUUUCGAAUGGAUCGAGCUGGUGUCACGCAUUUAUUGAGUCGCCUCAGUUUCAUCGCUUCUCUCGGUAUGAUGACAAGAAUAUCGAGUCAAUUCGAGAAGACGCGGAAAGUCAGCGGACCCAGAGCCCUCCAGCCAUCAUCUUUUGGCAUGCUUUGUCCUGCCGAUACACCCGAAGGCGAGGCAUGUGGGUUGGUCAAGAAUCUGGCUCUCAUGACCCAUAUAACUACGGACGACGAAGAGGCGCCUAUCAAACGACUCAUCUUCAUGCUCGGUGCUGAAGACAUUGUGACGGUGGGAGGGGCGGAGCUUUACGCACCAGGGUCGUACCUGGUCCUUCUAAAUGGUACUCCAGUAGCCACAACAAGGCACCCAUCACACUUCUUGACCUCCUUUCGACGUCUCCGGAGAUCAGGCCGUAUCUCAGAAUUUGUAUCAACCUUUAUCAACCAUCACCAUAGCACGAUCCAUGUGGCUACCGAUGAGGGACGGAUCUGUCGACCCCUCAUUAUUGUGGAAGACAAAAAGUCCAAAGUCACAAAACGAUACUUGAAGUCUCUUCGUCAAGGCUCGAUGGACUUUGAUGAUUUUUUGGCCAGAGGACUUGUUGAAUAUCUCGAUGUCAACGAGGAGAAUGACAGUAAUAUCGCACUGUAUGAGAGGGACAUCAACGGGUCGACAACGCAUCUGGAGAUUGAACCUUUUACAAUUCUUGGUGCUGUAGCUGGACUCAUUCCGUAUCCACACCACAAUCAGUCACCCAGAAACACCUAUCAGUGUGCUAUGGGUAAACAAGCGAUUGGGUUUAUUGCGAACAAUCAAUUCCUCAGGAUUGACACCUUGCUCUAUCUCAUGGUGUAUCCUCAGAAGCCACUCGUCAAAACUCGGACUAUCGAGCUAGUGAAAUACGACAAACUUCCAGCUGGACAAAAUGCAACCGUCGCAGUCAUGUCUUACAGUGGAUACGAUAUCGAGGAUGCCCUUGUCCUGAACAAGGCAUCUGUAGAUCGAGGCUUCGGACGGUGUCAGGUCUUGCGGAAAUACCCCGUGACUCUCAAGAUUUACGCAAACACCACCAAAGAUCAGGUAGAAGGCCCUACUUGGGAAAACGGUGCACCCAUCAAAGCCCAUGCCCUUCUUGAUGUGGACGGUAUCGCUUCGGUUGGGGCUAGAGUCAGUCAGGGUGAAGUCUACGUCAACAAGGCCAUCCCGGAAAAUUCAAACUCAUCUGGCCUGUCGGAUGGAGGCUCGAACAGCGGGUAUAGCUUGAUCCCUCAACCACAGAAGUACCGGCUUCCUGAUCCUAGCUAUAUCGACAAGGUUAUGGUGUCCGAGGUCGAGGCGGGACAUCAGCUCAUUAAGGUGCAAACCCGACAAACCAGAGUUCCAGAGGUCGGCGACAAGUUUUCGUCCAGGCACGGGCAGAAGGGUGUCGUUGGUAUCAUCGCCGAACAGGUCGACAUGCCAUUCUCUGACCUGGGCAUCACUCCAGACAUCAUCAUGAACCCGCACGGUUUCCCUUCUCGUAUGACGGUCGGUAAAAUGCUGGAGCUCGUGUCCGGCAAGGCCGGCAUCUUGAAGGGCAAGUUCGAGUACGGGACGGCGUUUGGUGGCAGCAAGCUCGAAGACAUGUCCCGAGCACUAAUCGAGUCCGGGUACAGUUACGACGGCAAAGAUUACCUCACAUCUGGUACCACCGGCGAGCCCCUUCCGGCCUACGUAUUUACGGGUCCAAUCUACUAUCAGAAACUCAAACACAUGGUUCAAGACAAGAUGCACAGCCGCGCUCGUGGUCCGCGGGCGAUCCUAACCAGACAGCCUACCGAGGGUCGCUCCAGAGACGGCGGUCUGCGUCUGGGAGAAAUGGAACGUGACUGUCUGAUCGCGUACGGCGCGUCACAACUUCUCCGGGAACGCCUGAUGUUGUCCAGCGACAAGCACGAAGUCGACGUGUGCGAGUCGUGCGGCUUCAUGGCCUUCGGACGGUUCUGCCAGCGCUGUAGCACGGCGGGUGAAAGCGGGUCGAAUGUCGUGAGGAUGACCCUCCCUUAUGCUUUCAAGCUCUUGCUCAACGAGCUGGGGAGUAUGAACGUGAAUACUAGGUUGAUCGUGUCAGAUGAAUUCCCUUCGGACGGGUCAAGAAGGGCUUGA